AUGGCAGACAUUGAGCAGGAGAGGGAAAAGUCUAAUAACAAACAGAAUGCAAUUGACACAUGCAGUCAAAAACUACAAAGAGAUGCUGAAACAAUUAAGAUUUUGGAACGCUUGGCUGGGCGUGGUCCACAGCAUGUUCGAGAUGCUAUUAGCAUCUUGAAAUCACCACAGUGUACUCGUGAGUUGAGUGUUUAUCAGCUGUUUUUGCAUGACAUUCUACGCCUCUGCGACCGUGGACUUGUUGUGCUAUGUGCUGCGAGCCUCGGAAAACAACGAGUAGCCCAUCUAGCCGAGGAUGAGAGAACUGGUCUUGUGGGUUAUGUCAAGGAAAACAAGAGCCUCUUAGGUUGCUCAGCGCUGGAGUCACUUGCCAAUGAUUACCAGAUUCCACUCAAGGACGAUCCUCAGCUGAUUAAUCCCCAGCGGAUAGACACCGUGUCUAUUGAUCCAUCAAGGAAGCGCCUGAAGCGUCCAGCCUCAAAAACUAGUAUGAGUCCAAAUCCUUUAAUCUUAUCCUGCCACUAA